AUGAGGGGACAACGGGAGUGUCGAGGAGAGUGGGGUAGCAAUUUCAUAGCAACCAAAAAAAAAAAACGGGGCGGUAUUGUACAAUUUUCCUCACUGCACAUCAAGGCUGUUAUACGCAGAUUUCUGAUUUAG